GAGAAACCGAGCCGCCGUCGCGUUUACAACACAUCCACACACCCCCAUAGGGUGUGUAUAGUGUGUGUAGGCAGGAGAAAGCGCCGUGUUAGGAGUCCUUCGACUUUAUAGAACUGGACGGUGGGCCGCGUUAAUGGAAAGAGAGAGAAGGAAGGAAGGGGAGUCGCUGGACCGAACAGAUAUGUGGCCUAUACAGCACAUUUGAACAAUCCACCCUCGUCCUUUUGCGACAGAAGCCGACUUCGUUAGGUGGCAUAGUCGUCCGCAGCGAGCGCACCAUUCGUCGGUGUCACUGCUGAGCAUCUUAACAGACUGAUCGCGUUCAACGCGGUGUACAACGGAGCCGUGUUGAUCUACUGCUGCUGCUGCUCUUAUCUGCAUUUCUGGUUUGAACCACGUUUUAUCCUCACCAAGCAGAUUACCUCUUCGACCCAGGCUUCAGCGCUGUUUUAUGGUAUGUCUUGUGUUCGUUUACUGCAACUGAAAAUUGUCUCUCAGACAAAAUCCGGAGGACUGCAGUGAAUACGGCUACGGCAAGACUGGGAGCGGUUGCAUCGGGACACAUUUUGGUUUUUGACGGUAGCUGUGGACUGUUACAAGACUGUGGAUCACUGUCAGUUGAAUCAUAGAGCAUCUUCUGAGACAGUUUAAUCUUUGGUCGGAAUAUUUACAUUUUGCUGAUGGCUGCAUUUUCAUGACACUAUUGCAGCAAGGAGUAAAACCAGUAUAUCUAUUUUGUGCUUUAUGCAGCUCAGCUAAAAUGUAAACUCGCUGUUUUAUUUAUUCCCACAAUUCCUUAUUCAUUAUUAAUUAGGAUAAACACAAGGCCUUAUUGCGGUAUUCUAUCAAAAUGCCGGCCGGAAUGAAGCCUCUUGAAAAGUUUUUAAAGAAACAGACCAACGCGCUGACUCGGGCUGGUGGCUUUGGGGAUAAGGCAACUGGCACAGGGGCUUCGCGGCGGCGAGCCAGUCUGUCCCGUGUGGUGCCAUUUUUCAGGGAGACCUCUCCCGAAAGCGGCCCGGCCCGCGAGGUGUUCAGCCCCGAAAGCGAAGAGGCGCCGUGUUGGCCCUCUGCCACUGCGGACAUCAGGAGCCCAUCUCUGUCCAGCGAUGAACAGAGCUCUGAGGCGAGUUUGGACACGAGUUGGACCCCACUCCCCGCUGACACUCCGGAGAAUCUUGCGCUGGCGCUUCUGGAUAGUGUGGCGGGAAAGCGAUUUGGCAACUGCACAGAAAUCCUCCUAGAUGACUUCAUGUUGACGCACCCUAUCUUCUUGGCAUCUGACAAGUUUCAGCAGGUCUUGCUUCAGCAGUUUGGAACAGAGGCCAGGCAGGGUGAAGGCUGGCCCAGCUGGGACGGCGCAGAAAGGAAACAGGCUGUGCUCAGCGUGGCCUUCCGCUACCUGGACACGUACAGAGAACUACUCCAGGAGGAGGGCGAUGGCUGCAACAGCUUCCCGAAGGACCUGUACCUGUGUGCUGUGCAAGACCUCAGCCGUUUCCCAGAGCUGGUGGAGGACGUCCUGAAGCUCCAGCGCUGGACCGAGAUCCUCCACAACCCGGCGGAGGAGGACAAGGACUGCCGAAGGAAGCAAGUGCGUCCUCUCUUCCGCCACUUCCGACGCAUAGACGCCUGCCUGCAACCUCGCGAGGCCUUCCGCGGCUCUGACGAGAUCUUCUGCAGGGUGUACACGCCGGACCACUCAUACGUGACCAUCCGCAGCCGUCUGUCGUGUCGCGUGGGUGAGAUCCUGGCCCUGGUGCGUGAGAAGCUGCAGUACAGUGAGGAGCAGCCCACCCAGCCAGCCAACCUCAUCCUGGUGGCCGUCACCUCGUCUGGAGAGAAGGCUGUGUUCCGCCCCAGUGACGAGGCUGUCUUCACCACCCUGGGAGUCAACACCCACCUGUUUGCAUGUGAGCCUUCGGAACUGGAGAGCCUGAUGCCCCUGCCUGAAGAGAUCCACUGGUCACCGGGCGACAGCAAGCUCCAUGACAUGAGUGCAGAGGAAGUAGCCAAUCAGCUGGUGGUGUUUGACUGGGAGCUGUUCAGCUGUGUGCAUGAGGUGGAGUUUGUGAGUUAUGUGUUCCACGGGGAGGAGGCUCGAUGGCGCCCCCUCAACCUGGAGCUGGUAUUGCAGCGGUGCAGCGAGGUACAACACUGGGUUGCCACGGAGAUCCUGCAGUGCCAGUCGCUGCCAAAGAGGGUACAGCUACUGCGCAAGUUCAUCAAGAUUGCAGCUCUGUGUAAGCAGCAGCAGGACCUGCUGUCUUUUCUUGCCGUUGUUCUGGGGCUGGACAACCCUGCAGUUAGCCGCCUACGCCUUACCUGGGAGGGCUUGCCAGGAAAGUUCCGCAAGCAGUUCCAGCAGUUUGAGAGCAUUGCGGACCCCUCCAGGAACCACAAGUCAUACAGGGACCUGUUAGCCAGUCUGAGGGCCCCGCUCAUCCCAUUUACCCCACUGCUGCUCAAAGACCUGACCUUCCUUCAUGAGAGCUGUAAGACGUUCCAUGGGGAACUGGUUAAUUUUGAAAAGAUGCAUAAAGUGGCGGAGAUGGUGCGCAGCAUCAGGCGAUACAGGAGCGCUCAGCUAGUUAUGGAAGCUGAGCCCUCCCCCUCUCACCUCCAGACGAAGGCAUACGUGCGGCAGUUGCAGGUCAUCGACAAUCAGAAUCUGCUUUUCGAAAUGUCCUGCAAGCUGGAGCCCUAAGACGUGAUGGGCCAUGAUCAUCUCUCUUAACAUACCUACCAAGCCACUCCCUUCCUCUGCAUAAACCCCAGCCAGAAAUGCACUUUGGCCAGUGUGCAAGUUCCUUAUAGUCUGUCUCUUCUGCUCCAUCACUGCUGGACGUCUGGAUUGACUCAUGUUAAUGGAGCAGAUGGAGCUGGUCACAAAAAAUGACAGGAACUCUUGCUGUGUGAGCCUCAAUGUUCAGGAUGCUACGGAAUGCUCAAACAGAGCUAAAUGUCACAGUACACGACUAUCCACAUCUAAAAUGUAUAUGGAGACCUGUCAUGCUCUAUUAAUAAUCUGUCUGUGUGCAGCGUUCCAGUUGUUCUGCCACUGAAUAUAGCCUUUAUGUUAGUGUGAAGGAAGCUUUCCAUAAGACGCACCUCAUGCCGAUGGGCUGCGUUUGCUCUCACCUUUACCUUCGUGGAAUUUUUUUGGUUUGUAUCUUUUGCUUUUCAUCAUGUUGGCGAAGUCUGUCCAGUCUGCACUGCCAUCUGCUGAACUGAACUGAGUGUGAUCCGAGCGGAUCGGGUCAUCCGAGCGGAUCACACUGCUUGUGCUCGGGCAUUUCCUUCAGAUGUUAUAGAGACGCGGGUCCUGUUUUCACUUCACCUCUUACCUCACACUAAAGACCCGCUGAAAUAUUUGACAAUCUGACCUCUCGGACUCGAACCUCUCCCCCUUUCUCCCUCCCCUCUAUUCUCCCCAAUCAACACAGGCACUUACUGGAUUACACCCCUUGGGCAGCAGCAUUCAGCUCUGCUCAGAACAUCCUCCCAGCUGGUUUUUCAAAGCAGAGGUCUAACCCCAAGGCCUGCUCCUUCGAGGGCCGGCCUCAGCCCACCCCCAAGCCAGUUUCAGCCCUUCCCCAGGCCCUAAGCUGCUCAGCCUCCCUGUUUGUGCACAACAUGUUAAUGCUGCAAGACAUCCGCACAGAUAUGGGAUGGCAGAUUCUUCAGGAGAACCCGUUUAACACACGACAGGCUCUAAUUUCUGUUCAGCAUUCAUCUUCAGAUCUCCACUUCUAGCCUAUGAGAAGCAUUGAAAAUAUUGUUUUCCAAUUUUGGUUUGUUUCAAGUUUUAAAAAAACACUGUAUUAACCAAACUAUUAAUGGCAAACAAAGAGCAAACUGAUUAAUUAUCAGUUAAUAUACAGACACAGAAGUAACUAAUUAAUCGGUUAAACUAUUGGGUUACACACUACUACUUUUAGACUAGGAGUUGACCGAACUGCAGCAGUAAACAGUGUUCUCAAUUACAGAUCGUCAGGUCAUUUCCCUCCACAAAUCCUAAGCUGAACCAUCAUAAGCUAUAAGGCAACCCUAAACUUAGACAGGCCGCUGUGACCCGCCCCAUAUGAGAUGGAGCCAUACGGAACCCGACCCUCUCAGGAUUUCUUCCUGGGUCAAAGACCUUUGCAGAGGCCUGUCUGCAAGGCCUUGGUGUACAUAGUUGAUGUAAAUAGCUAAAUAAAUAUGAAGACUCUAUUUUAUGUAUGAGCUAUGAGAUGGACACUCAAGGAGAAUAUUUGUUUUGUAAAUCUGAGGAAACAAAACUGUACAUUUUAAAAGUGAAGAUUGAGACUGAGUCUACUGUCCGCAAUGGAAUAAUUGUACAACUUCUUGGUUUUGUUGCAUUGCGGUUUUGAUUUUGUUCCUGUUCGUAGUGGAUGACGUGUAUAUAUUCUGGUUUUGUUGCAUUUCCUUGGUUUUGUUCAAUAUUUGCGACUGAUAAAUUGUACAGCAUGUAUUUGGUUUAGUUGGAUUUUGUUUUUAGUUUUUUAAAAGCGGGUAUUCUCUGGGUGUUGUUUUUGGUUUUUGUACAGAAGUCCGUGUUUACAGUGCGCUCCUCUGAAACGCAGACAUGUCCAAUAAGGUGAGAGGAAGGUGUGGCAGGGGGAGGCACUGCACCACCUUCAUCUCCACCUAAGACAAAAACGCAUCUCAAAUAAAGCCUCUUCUGAUGAA